UUUCAAAAUUAGACCAUAAUUUUUAGAAGAACAUGUCAGGUUGAUUUGGUGUAAAUCUGAUUUCAGUUUGACCUAGUAUCUGCACCCACAAGAAGUCAUAUCACCACUGUUUCCUACAAGUGGUCAUCAGGUGGAACUGCAAGACACCUCCAAGACACACAAAUGUUGCGUGAUGUAAAGUUAAACAUUUUAUUUGAUUGAAAACAGCUGUUUUAGCUGACGAUCACGUGAUUACGUGUAUUUGGGAAAGUCAUUUGGAAAAGAUAAAUAGUAGAGCUCCAAACAGUGAAAGUCCAUGUUUUUACUUGCAUUGGCAGGUGGCGACGUGAGUCAGUAUCCUUCCUUCAGGAUUCCACAGGAAUAACUUCCUGACAUUUACCUAAUAUCUUACUUCCGUUCUUCUCAACGCCAGUACGCGGAUUGCAUGGCUUCUCAGCAGAGAAAUAAUCAGGAAUGUGAUUCCGAAGACGAAUAUAAUUCACAAAUGAAUCUCAAUGGGUAUAAAAUAUCUCUACGUGUUGUUAGGUCGGUUACAAGUUAGAAAAGCGUGAUUUCGCAGUCAGCGCGGAUGUGUGAUACUAACAAGUUAAAGGCUAAACACUCGUAACAUUUUACUCACUACUUCACUCAACAUCUUCUUUAAUAACUCACCAAAAUGAAGAACCCUGGUUUACUUCUAUGCAUUUUGCUCGCAAAAGGUGUGUUUGGUGAUAUUGUGAAGUCAGUGAUGGAGGGAGAUUCUGUCACACUACACACUGAUCUUACUGAUAUACAGAAAUAUGAACUUAUACUUUGGACAUUUGGAUCUGACAGCACUCGUAUAGCUCAAAUCAACAAUGUAGUCAAUAAGAUCUCAAUAUACAAUGAUGUUCUUGAUGGGAAAUUCAGAGACAGACUGCAGCUGGAUGAUCAAAAUGGAUCUCUGACCAUCACAGACACCACAACCGAAGACUCUGGACUUUAUGAACUGCAGAUCAUUGGUGGAAAAGAGGUGCCACCCAAGAAGUUCAGUAUUAUUGUUUCUGCUUCUCUGCCCGUUCCUGUCAUCAGCAGAAAUUCUUCUCAGUGUUCUUCACCAUCAGGAUCAUCAGCGUCCAGAUGUGAGCUGCUGUGUUCAGUGGUGAAUGUGAGUCAUGUGACUCUCUCCUGGUACAAAGGAAACAGUUUAUUGUCCAGCAUCAGUGUGUCUGAUCUCAGCAUCAGUCUCUCUCUACCUCUGGAGGUGGAAUAUCAGGAUAAAAACACCUACAGCUGUGUGCUCAACAAUCCCAUCAGCAACCAGACUCAACAUCUGGACAUCAGUCAACUCUGUCAGCCAUGUUCAGUGGAUGAAUCAGAAGAUGGCUUACCCUUCGGUCGUGUGGUGCUGAUCUGCGCUGUUAUUGUUACUGUAUUUGUCUUGGCUGUAGUUGGGAUGUUCAGUAUCUACUGGAAAUAUAGAAAAACAAAACAACUGGGUUCUCCAGGUGAUGAUUUGGCUGAGACGGAUGAACUGAAGACAGUAUCGGUGAGGGUGGGAGAGACGGUCACUCUAAACACUGGUGUUACUGCAAUACAAAGUUUCGAUGUGCUGCAGUGGAGGUUUGGUGAAUUAUAUACAGACAGCACAAACCCAUUCACUGUCAUCGCCAAACUGAAUGAACAAAACAAUUUUGAUUUCAUUUGUCACGACAAGACAGUCAGACACAGAGUAAAGCUGGAUCAACAAAAUGGAUAUCUUACAAUUAGUGACAUCAGAUCCACAGACUUUGGAAUUUAUAAACUAAAUAUCUCCAGAAAUGGGAAAAAUAUGAUCUCCAAGUCAUUUAUUGUCCGCGAUUCCUCAGAAAAUGGAGAAUGCGCCAGAGGAGGCAACAUCAUUGAUGAAUGGAGAGAUUACCGAAAACACUUGUGUGUGUUUGGUGAUAUUGUGAAGUCAGUGAUGGAGGGAGAUUCUGUCACUCUAAGCACUGAUCUUACUGAUAUGCAGAAAUAUGAACGCAUACUAUGGACAUUUGGAUCUGACAGCACUCGUAUAGUUCAAAUCAACAAUGUAGUCAAUAAGCUCUCAUUAUACGAGGAUGUUCUUGAUGGGAAAUUCAGAGACAGACUGAAGCUGGAUCAUCACACUGGAUCUCUGACCAUCACAAACAUGACAUAUGAACACACUGGACUUUAUAAACUACAGUUUGUUGGCAUAAAUGAGGUUCCACCCAAGACGUUCAGUAUUAUUGUUUCUGCUCUGCCCGUUCCUGUCAUCAGCAGAAAUUCUUCUCAGUGUUCUUCACCAUCAGGAUCAUCAGCGUCCAGAUGUGAGCUGCUGUGUUCAGUGGUGAAUGUGAGUCAUGUGACUCUCUCCUGGUACAAAGGAAACAGUUUAUUGUCCAGCAUCAGUGUGUCUGAUCUCAGCAUCAGUCUCUCUCUACCUCUGGAGGUGGAAUAUCAGGAUAAAAACACCUACAGCUGUGUGCUCAACAAUCCCAUCAGAAACCAGACCACACAUCUGGACAUCAGUCGACUCUGUCACACAUGUUCAGUGGAUGAAUCAAGUUUAAACCCAGAAGAUGGCUUACCCUUCGGUCAUGCAGUGCUGAUCUGUGUUGCUAUUGUAGUUACUGUAUUUGUCUUGGCUGUAGUUGGGAUGUUCAGUAUCUACUGGAAAUACAGAAAAACAAAUCAACUGGGCCAGAUUUCUAGGCAAGAAUCCUAUGAGAUGAGUAUUGGUGACUCUUUGGCUGAGUCAGACGUAAUGAAGUCAGUGUCAGCGAGGGUGGGAGAGUCCGUCACUCUUAACACUGGUGUCACUAACAUACAAAGUUUUGAUGUGCUGCAGUGGAAGUUUGGAACAUCAAACACACAUUUUACAAAUCCAUUUUCAGUCAUCGCCAGACUGAAUGAACCAAACCAUUCUGAUUCUAAUGGCCACAAGGAGAGAUUCAGAGACAGACUACAGCUGAAUCAGAAAACUGGAUAUCUCACAAUUAAUCACAUCAGACCCACAGACUUUGGAAUUUAUAAACUAAAUAUCUCCAGGAAUGGGAGAAUUGUGAUGUCCAAGUCAUUUAUCGUGCGAGAUUCAUCAGAAAACAAAGAAAAUGUGUCAGAGGAGACAAAAACACAGUUGCUGAGUGAAGAGAUCGAGGCAAACACUUGUCUAUAGUGACUGUUACAUGCUCACCAUUUGAAGAAAAAAACAUUUCUACUUUAAUGAGCCUUCAAAAAUCACCCUAAAAAUGUGCUGUAGUUGUUUUUGAAAUCAGAUGCCAUGUGCUGUUGACCUGUGAAAAGGCAAACAGUGAAAAGGUUUUGUUACUUACAGUUGAUGGGACAUGUUGAGAUUAAGCCCAAUCUUGUUUACACUGCUAUGCAAACAUGUUAAUGCACAUUUGCUUGUCUGUUACAAAUUCCAUCAGUGUUAAUGAACAUAACAAUACAGUGGUGUUUACUGCCCUCUAGUGGACAAUAUAUGUUAGAAGACGGAUGUUUCUAAACAAUUGUACAAAGUGGAUAAGCUGAAGGGUCAGUUUCAGCCUCAUUAAAACUUUAUUUUUGUAUAAUUUAAAUACAUGUCUUGUUUAACUGAUUGUUGCAUCAAUGUUGAUAUACUGCAAAAGAAUUCACGCACAAUAAAUAAUGUUGCAACACAUAAAAAAAAAAAU